AUUCUCACGAUUCUAGAUUUAGUCUGGAUCUAAUAUAGAUCUAGAAUCUAGAUCUAGAAUCUAGAUCUAGUAGCUAGACCACCCUAAAGAACUACUAAAACUAGGACACCAAAUCUUUAUUUAAGUCCGUAUCUUUAAGUUCUCCAUAUAUCGCUGAACAUACAGAUCACAUCACCCCAACAAAACUUGCGGACAGAUCGAGAGAGAGAAGUGCGCACAUGGGCUUUUAUAUAUUAGGAUAAUUUACUAGUCAUCAAAUAGUGUUUGCAAAUUUGUAACAAUCACCUAAAGAUUAUGAAUCCACUUCAAGAAGGCAGCUCAGCCUUGCUAGACACAAUGACAUCAUUAGGAUUAAUGUCUGAGUCUUCAGUCUACUCACAAUCAAACACACGAGAAUUGAAAAUAGAAACUGAUAUCUCUGUGACAAGCACACCUAGUGCAAGUCCAUCUCCAAGUCCAUUUCCCAGUCCCACUAUAAAUGGCAGUCACAGAGAAAUAUUCCACUCUGCAUCAGCUGAAAAACAAGCAUCAUCACCAAAGUCUAGUAGAGGCAGUACACCAGAAAAACGAUCAUCAUCUGAAAGAGAAAAGUCUUCAGACAGAGAGAAGACACCAGAAAAUAUGGGGAGUAAGAAAGAUAGUCCUGCUAUGGAAAAACCUACUACAUCAAAUUUAGCAGGAACAUCUCAGGAUAAAAAGCGCAAGUUAGAAAUGACUGAAGAUGAGAUGAAACAGGUUGUAAAAAAACAUCAAAAGCAAGAAGAAGAAAGAAUGAAAAUGCAUAAAGCAUCCAUGAAAGAAAGGGUUCUGGUAUCCAACUUCUCUGAAGAGCAAUUAAAUAGGUAUGAAAUGUAUAGAAGAGCAACUUUUCCAAAAGCUGCAAUAAAAAGAUUAAUGCAAAACAUAACAGGGACCAGUGUAUCACAGAAUGUUGUUAUUGCCAUGUCUGGAAUUUCAAAAGUUUUUGUUGGAGAAGUUAUUGAAACUGCUCUUGAUGUGUUGGAAAAGUGGGGAGAAUCUGGUCCAUUACAGCCUAGACAUUUAAGAGAAGCAGUUCGAAUACUUAAAUCCAAAAAUAUGAUGCCUUCAACAAAGACAAAAAAAAUAUUAUUGUAAUUUUUGCAUAAGUAUAAAUUUGCAUUGUUAAUACAUUUGUAGAUUUUUAUUCUUUACAUGAUGUGUUUUAUAUGUUGAUUUAGUAAGUCUUUUUUAAAGAAGGGAUUUCACUUUUCUCCCUUGAUUGCUACAGAAAAACUAUUUAACAUGUACAAAUAUUAUGAAAAUCAAGCUUCAAAUAGAUUAACAUUACUCAGUGUUUUCCUUUUUAAAAGAAAUUUUAAUAUUUUGUUUUUAGAAUUUGAUACUCCACAUAGAUCUAAAAAAAAAUACACAUCAAGUAAAUUUUAGUUAGUCAGAUUUGAAAUUUACGCAAUUAAGUCACCAGACCAGAAGAAUUGGGGGGUUUAUCAUUUGGAAUAUUUGAUAAAAUAACCUUAAAAAUAUUUUUAAAAAGAAUUUUUGAUGUUGUUUUUGUGCACAUAAUUCCUAAUAUUAACAGCAUUAAAUAUGACAGAUGAGCAACCAAUAUAAUUCAGCCCAGAAAACAAAAUUAUAAUUUACAUAAGAUCUACUUGUAAGUAAUAAUAAAGAAAGAAAACAAGGAAAAUGUUUUUAAAACUAAACAAAAACAUUUUAUUACUGAAAGAUCACACACUGUGGUUUUACACAAUCUUCAAGUCCACUACAAUCUAAUCACAGCCAGACACUAGAAACUCAUCUAGCUAAUUUACCAAUUUUCAAUAAUUAAACACUGUCCGAUCACGUUGAUGGUGGCAAAAGCAUUUAAAUUAUUUCUUACUUAAAUAAAAAAGUUGUUGAUAGUUGAAAAUAAAAGAUG